AUGGACACAGAACAUGACAGGUUAACAAUUCAGGUGAAAUUAAACAAAGAAGACGAAAGCCAAAACCUAAAGAAUUCGUUUGGAAUUCCGGCACACGAGAUGGGUCCUGCAGCCCACAACCUGUCUCCAGGCGAAUCAGAGAUGUUGUCACCUCCGAUCCAAACGAUGGGCCAGGGCCAGGCCCAGCCCUCUGGCUACGAUCCCAACAGGAUACCUGCAUCGAUUUUCUCUACCAAGCCCACUAACCCCGGCGAGUGGAGUGUGGCCUCCAAUGAGUCCCUCUUCAGCAUCCACAUGGGCAACAACAGCUUCUCGCAUGAUUAUGCCAUUUUAUUUGGAAAAUCGGCCGAUCUUCAGGAAUCCCAGCUCAGGAUGUCCGGCGAGCUCCCCAGGCUCGACGACUGGAAUAAUAAUAAUAAUAAUAAUAAUAACAACAACAACAAUAAAUUGCAAUUAAAAUCGAGCGAGCUGAUAGGACUUUCCCCGGUGAUCGAGGAAGGUCGGGUGUCAUUGGAUGAAGGGGGGAAGAGCCCGAUGGCCCACAGUGGAGGAGUUAAAAUGAAAAGUCAUGAAAAGAAGGAGAACAACACAACCUCAAAUACUACUCUGCUGAAACAUGAAAACGGAAAACAAGUUCCCGCCGAGGUUAUUAGUACUGUUACAACAACUGCAGCAGCUGAAAGAAUGCCCAGUAACCCUCAAACGCCUCGCUUUUCGGACGACAGUAGAAACAACAGUGGCAGCUCGUUCGCUUUCCCAGUAUUGGUCAACGAUCAUGGAAAACCCGAAUCUUUGAAAGUCGUACCAGAAAAACCCGAGCCACCGGCAUCACAAGCAGAAGAUUCUAAAGAAACUCCAAAUGCGUCAAGGACAAGAUGGUUUUCCUUCGUCUUGUGUUGGCCUAGAUGCUGUUGA